UGAUCAGCCACGGACUACUCCCUGCGGUCUACCUCUCUGCCUCGUCGGCCACGUUUUUGCUCCAUCCCAUCUUUUACUUUAGUAUCCAUCGGUAUUCCAAGGGUUGCCGUGCGAUUCCUUUUCAACUUGCCACACACAUUGUUUCAAAGAUCCACCGACUGCAGUGCGCCCCUCCGCCUGUGCCCCUCUUCUUUGUCUUCGUUCAUUUUUGUACACACUCGGCACUCUUGCAUUCAACGUCAGCUCUUUGCCACCCCGAAUCAUAACUAUAGCGAUUUUUGGUCUUCCCUGCCUAUCACUUGCCGUCCUUGUCGCAUAACAUUCUCACCUGGCUUGUGGAGUCUUCGUCGCCGUUACUCAAGAGGAUACUCUAGCUGCCGGCCUCUCUCCUGAUGGCUUACGAUGGCUACCAGAACAGUCCGAGUCCGUAUUCUCAAAUGGGCCAUCCCAACCAGAUAGACCCAAACGAAUAUCGCCCAACGUCCUACACUCCACCCUAUCCAUCCCAGUAUGGAUCGGAUCGACUCAAUAUGCCACAGCCCUCGGCACCUCCAAUGUCGUCGUCCCCGUCAAACCCAUAUCCUCACCCGUAUCAGGACCCGAGUUUGUGGCAGCAACAGCAGCCACAGCAGCAGCAACCACCGCCGCCACCACCAUCACAACCCCCGCAUACGGGAAGGAUAAAUGACGCGGUGAACUCGGCGUUUAACAAUCAGGCUGACAACUCCAACUACCUGCCACCGGAAGUUUUGUCGCAAAUAACGGCGACCGUUAUCCAACAGCUCAAAGAGACUGGAUUGAACAACUUGCAAAGUGAUCAGCAGUCGUCAUACCCUCCACCCCGGCCACCGAAGGCAUGGAGUCCUGCUGCAUCGAAUUCUGUGCCCAGCGAAGCUCCACCUUCACCAUCUUUGGGCAUGCAUAAUCCGUCGCCCUCGCGGACACCCAAUCCGGGCCAUGAGGCGACCAAUUUCCCGCCCCCACCAUCCGCGGCCUAUCCUGGCACUCCUCGCUUUCACAGACCGUCGCCCGCUCCCCCAUUGGAGAGGCGCGAGUCGCCGGCUAGCCAGACCAGUGAUCAUAGUCACCGAGUGGAGUCCCGACCAAAGCCACCGCCGAGGGAAGAGGAUGCCACGGUAACUGAGCUGACCACGUUGGAAAAGAUCUGGGGGAAGUUUUUCGAGAACGGGAAACCGACGGAGAGACUGGGGCAAUUUUUGCGCGGAAUUGCUAUCCAUUUGAUCGAAGCCUAUCCGCCAGAGAACACCCUGGUGAUCACCCCGGAAAAGAUGCAAAAGUUUUAUGAGGAUACCAAAGUAUCUCCUGAUCCUUAUCCCUGGCAUGAUAUCUUUGAUGAUCGUACAUCCUCGAUCUCACGGCUGUUCCGUGAGGUGGAAGCGGAACAUCACCUUGUGCAGAACAAAUUGAAUGAACGACCAGAUAUCCCAGGAUUGACGCCUCGCGGAUUUGAGCGAUGGGCCACGUUGAUGAUUCGAAUCCACCCCGAAAAAGAAUACGAGCGACUCAAGAAAGCCGUACUCAACAUGCCGAUCAGUAAUCCUGACAACAAGAAAGAACGGUUCCCCAAGGAGAUACCGCGACGACUCUUCCCCGAGACACCAGUUCUUUCCCUGCGAGAGGAAGUAGACCAGUUCAUUAUGAAGCACUGCGGAGUCGAUCUGCCCCCGAUUACGAAUGAGGAAAUCAAACAAGCUGCUACGCAUAGCCAUAAACCGUCUACUAGCUCCUCCACCUCGGGGAAAGAAGCUGCCUCCGCCUCUUUUAGCGAACGAGAGCGCAAGCCAUACCAGGCGUCAGUUUCGGCCGUGGUAGACGACGAUGAUUCGGAUAGAGAGAUUUCACCUCAGCCAAUCGAACGACAAAGGAAACCCUACACGGCACAGCCGGGAGGGGGGAAGAAUUACGGAGAAAAAGGAACUUCUGGACACCGACACACCCAAUCGUUCUCUGGUGGCUCUAUUCCCAAGGAGAGCCUCACGGGCUCCGGACAAAGAAACUCAGAGGCCUACGGCCAAGAUCCACUUUACUCACGCGGUGCUUCGCGCCCGUUUGGCGGGCGACCCCGAAGCCCAGGAGUAAACGCAAGUGACUAUAGACAUUCUGAAAGUGACCUGCUACAGAGCAACGGUGGUCGGCUCUCAGGGACUUCUCCGGGUGGGGAUUACUAUUAUGGAUCUGGUGCAGGCACCCUAACUGGGGAUAUUCUUGAAGACAACCGACGCCGACGGGAGCUUGAACGCGAAAAUGAGGAUUUGAGGCUGUAUGAAUCUCUGCGAGAGCGCGAGAAGGAGCGCGAGAAGAGCAAGUACAGUGAUCAUUUCCCGGCCCGAUCUAGUUGGUCUAACGACGAGGAUUUCUAUCGUGGCAUGCUCGGUGGCCAAGGGGGUCCUGUGGGGGGCGGCAGCAGUGGGUAUGAUUACAAGUCGUAUGGAUUCAAGUGAUCCUGACAACUUGAAAUUUUUGAAAGAUGCAUCUGAUUAGCCCGGGGAGUACCAUAUCUAUCUGGGAUUUUUUUUUCUUUGCUUUUU